UGUAUAACUGUAUACCAUCAAACAAAGGGUUUAUCCUACUGCCAAAAAAUAGAAAAUCAAACAACAAGGGUUUUAGCAUUUUACCAUUUCACCUAUAACGAUGAUAUAGCCAGGCGCUUGAAAUGGGGAUUACUGUUUUCCAAAGUGUCCUGAUUAUAUCAUUCUACGCAGCAGCAGAAGAGAAGUGUUGUAUUUCGCAGUGCAAACCAAGGAGGGAAGGAAGAAGGCUCUCAAUUCUUCUGUUGUGCCAGUUUGAGGGGCUUCUUUAAUGGCAAAAAUAAAAACUGAGUCACCAGUUUUAUUGGCUAAAGGGUGUUCUUCGGAUACUUUUGGUAAAAAAUGGGGUUAUAGUAGCACUAAUUGUUUAAGAAUAACCCGGUUACAGUCGCACCUUAUCUCUUUAACAAUUCGAGCUUCUCAAUCCAUGGAGGAUAAAAAUAAAGCCUACACGGAACUUGGUUUAUUUUCCUUAAAGAAAAAGAUUGAUGACGCUGUUCUUCGUGCUGAGAUGUUGAUACCUGCACUAGAAAUGGAAGAAACCAGACAAAUUCAACAGGAAGAGAUGCUUCGUGAAUAUGACCUCUGGGAUAAUGUUGCCAAAUCAAAUGAAAUUCUUAAUGAGUUAGGAGAUACAACUAGAUCAGUUGAUGCUCUUAAAGAUUUACGAUAUAAGGCUGAAGAAGCUAAACUGAUCACCCAAUUAGCUGACAUGGACGCUAUAAACUACAGGCUUUUCAAGCAAGCAUACAGUGCCUCCGUUGAUGUUAGCAAGUUUUUGGAUCGGUAUGAGAUGUCCAAACUUCUUAGUGGACCAUAUGACAUGGAGGGUGCUUGCGUGAUUAUAAGAGCUGGAUCUAGAGGUGUCAACCCUGAGGUUUGGGCGGAACAGCUUCUAAGCAUGUAUAGAAAAUGGGGUGCUAAGCAAGGUUACGAAGGGAGGAUAGUUGAGAAAUAUCCCUCUAAAGAUGGCGGUUUCAAGAUAGUAACCCUUGAGUUUGAAUCUGAAUAUGCUUAUGGUUAUCUUUCUGGAGAGAGAGGUGUCCACUAUAUGAUUAAAGGUUCACACAAUGACCCUGAGACUAACUUAGCAACUGUGGAUAUUAUUCCUCUAUUUCUUGAAACAACUCCGGACCUACAAUUAGAUGAUAAUGAUAUGGUGUUUUCAUCACUUUCACCUCAUGGAGAAGAGCAAUUACUUUGUAGAAGUGAACCUGCAGUUAGUGUUCGACAUAUUCCAACUGGCAUUGAGGUCCAGUCAUCAGAUGAAAGGAGCCAUUUUGGGAAUAAAAUCAAGGCCCUAAAUCGUUUGAAAGCGAAGCUUCUUGUGAUUGCAACAGAACAGCGUGUAUCCAGUUUAAAGAAUAUAAAGAGAGAUAGUGUCAGUGAUAUAUUAAGUCAAGAGGCAAGAAGAUAUGUCUUUCAUCCAUACAAGUUGGUUCAAGAUGUAAAAACUGGAAUUCAAUUGCCCGACUUGAAUUCUGUUCUCGAUGGUAAUAUUGAACCUCUUAUUGGAGCAAAUAUCAGCUUUAGACAGACAAGUGAUCCAAUCUAAGUGUAACCAUAAAGACGAAAUGUUUUUCUUCUCUAUUUAUGAUAUUCUUUCUCCCUUAAUGAUUUUAUUCUCUGCUUAGAGUUUGUAUGUAUACUAGGAGGUAUUGGUUGCCUUCUUGGGCUUUU